CAACACGAGCGAACCGUUAAAGAGUGUUUUUAAUGUCCGCCAUGUUGGCCAUGGCGCACUGAGCCUGGAAUCAGGGACCGGAGCGCGUUGGAAACACACACCGAGAGAGUGCGACCCACACCCGGCCUCGCGCCUCUGCUCGCCCCGCCACCUCCACCGAGCGACCCGUGCACUGCUGGACACCGAACCGGCAUCAUCCAUGAGAACUUUAAUCGGACCAGUAGGGAACAUUAGGGGAUCGGAUAGAUUUAUGCUGCAUCUCGAAAUAUAAAGAAAAAUGAGUAAACUGUCGUUUCGGGCGCGGGCGCUGGACGCUUCCAAGCCUCUACCCGUCUUCCGCUGCGAGGACCUGCCCGAUCUGCACGAAUAUGCGUCUAUUAACCGGGCAGUACCACAGAUGCCCACGGGGAUGGAGAAAGAGGAGGAAUCGGAGCACCAUCUCCAGCGGGCGAUCUCUGCUCAGCAGGUGUACGGGGAGAAGAGAGACAACAUGGUGAUUCCCGUCCCAGAGGCUGAGAGCAACAUCGCCUACUAUGAGUCCCUCUAUCCGGGGGACUUCAGGAUGCCCAAACAGCUCAUUCACAUACAGCCGUUCAGUCUGGACACAGAACAGCCAGAUUACGACCUGGACUCUGAGGAUGAGGCGUUUGUAAAUAAGCUGAAGAAGAAGAUGGAUGUAGGGGCCCUGCAGUUUGAAGAGAUGAUCGACAGGCUGGAGAAAGGCAGCGGACAGCAGCCGGUGUCUCUGCAGGAGGCCAAACUCUUGUUGAAGGAGGAUGAUGAGCUGAUAAAGGAGGUGUACGAGUACUGGAGCAGGAAGAGGAAAGCGUGUCAGAGCGGUUCCUUCAUCCCUAUUGUCAAACAGGAGAAGCGUGACGGCUCCAGCACCAGUGACCCCUACGUGGCCUUCAGGCGCAGAACGGAGAAGAUGCAGACCCGAAAGAAUCGUAAGAACGACGAAGCAUCUUACGAGAAAAUGCUGAAGCUGCGUAGGGACCUGAGCCGGGCCGUCACCAUCCUGGAGAUGAUCAAGAGACGAGAGAAGAGCAAAAGAGAGCUGCUGCACCUCACGCUGGAGAUCGUAGAGAAGAGGAACAACAUGGCUGAUUUUGGAGGGGAGGUGAUGGCAGAAGUUUUGGCUCAGAGGGCUUUGGAGAAACCAGUCAUCCCUCUGAUCCCAAUCACAAACAGCAACCAGUACAGACACACAGAACAUGACCGGGACUACAAAAUCAAGAUGGAUAAGCCAGAGGUUGUGCGGCAGAAACGGAAGUAUGAGAAGAAGGCAAAGCCACUGCCGUUUGCAGGCUCUGUUCACUCAGGCCCGGCAGUCUUUAACACUAAAGACCUCAAUCAGUAUGACUUUCCCAGCUCAGACGAUGAACCCUUCUCACAGGUAAUGCUCUCUGGUUCUUCAGAAGUCGAGGAGGAGAACGAUCCAGAUGGUGUGUUUGGGUUCAGGAGGAGAACAGGCUGCCAAUAUCAAGCUGUACGUCCGGGACUUGUGGCCAGUUGGCCCUGGUCCGACCCUUCCGAGGGCGGGGUAGCAGAUGUGCGGUAUCGCUAUUCUCUCACCAUGCUCACGGUCCCGCGGAGAUGCCUGGGGUUGGCACGGCGACGAGUGGGCAGAGGGGGCAGGGUUUUAUUAGACCGAGCCCAUUCUGAAUUGGAUACUGUGUAUCAUGGGCUGGACCCGGAUUCCCCCGCAUUCCCAUCGUUGUCUCCCACCCAGCAGCCUAGCAUGGAUACCUCACACACCAGCACAGAUACCUCUGCCCCCUCCUCCACCUCACCUGACCUCACACAAGUCCUGCUCAACAUCAAAGCCUGUCGCUGGAGGCAUUUCAAGCCUCGGACGGCACCGCCAGAUGAUCCCGACAAUCCCGAGCACUGGUCUGCACGGAGACCUCGCCGUGGCUUCCUCAUCCGCCCAAUCAGCAAGCUUCAGACGCAGAGAGGCCCCGCCUCCUACACUAGACCACCUGCCCCCCCACCCACACCGGCUUUCACCCCUGAGCAGUACCAGCAGCACCUGGAGCAUCUCGCACUGAUGCAGAAACAGCAGCUUGAACAGGUUCAACUACAGCAGCGGGUCGGCGGCACAGCCGUCACCAACAACCCACAGAGUUUGGUGUCAAAGACGAUAGAUGCGGCCAGUGCUCAGUUUGCUGCCUCUGCAUUGAUGACUUCUGACCAGCUGAUGGCGCUGAAGAGUAAAGAGGACGGAGUUGGUGUCAAUGGAGUCGUCUCAGCCUCAGGCGUCUAUAAGGGUUUACAUCACACAAGCUCUGCAGUGUCGUCCAUCCUUCCGUCUGCCAGCCCUACCUUCACCUCAUCCCCCUCUCCCGCUGCUGCCACCACCACCACUAACAACGGAACCUCCUCGGCCAAUCAUCACGUCGGCACAGCCGGCCCCGCCCCUGGCCAAGCGCUGGUGGGCGGGGCCGUGAGAAUGAGCGUGCCGUCACCGGCAGGAACCUUGAGUGUGCGGCAGCUGCAGCGUCAGGUCACCGUUCCCGCCUCUGCCCUAAAACUCGCUGUCAACGCCAACAGACCCAUCCCAAAGGUCACGGCAGGGUCAACUACACUCGACAUGGGGCCCAGGGAAAAUCACGAUCAAGAGAAGCCGCCGUUAAACAGUCUAACAGACAACACAGUUGCCAUGGAGGUCACGUAGCCCCGCCCCCCUCUGCCGUUCACACACCACCUCUCAAUCGAGGCGUCUCCUUUAGGUGCUAUGCAUCGUAGCGACGCUGUUUCCGUGGCAGCCGUUGGGACUUAAUUGCAAUGCUCAUCUUUUUUUUUUUUUUUUUUUUUUUUUUUUCAAAUUUUGUUACUGUUAAAAUAUCAACAUCUGUAAAUUAUGAAAUAUUGAAAAUAUUCUAUGUACAUACAUAUUUGUAAUACACCCCACUUGUAUAUAACAUUA